AGGAACACUUUUAGAUUGAACACACUGUACUUGCUCGUCAUCAACAUCGAAUUUUUCAUCAGAAAAUGGAAAUUAACCGAUAUUUAUUUUAGCUUUAAUCCGAUGUAAGUCACAGCGCCUUCGUAACUGCACGACAGAGAACGAGUGAGAAGAGUAUUCCCAGCCAUAGAAACGACAAACAGGCCAAAACGAUGAAUUUGCACGAGCCAGUGGAUGCCAACAAGUCCCUCUCGGACAUGACGCCGGAGGAACGGAUGCGCUUCGAGCACCAACAGAUGCACGAGAAACACAAGGGCCACGAAAGUAUGCACGCCGAAAUGAUGAUAAUUCUGCUGAUUACCGUGAUAGUAGCGCAAAUUGCCUUGUAUCAGUGGCGAAAACGGCAUUAUCGAUCGUAUUCGCUCGUGACGUUGCUCGGGCUGUGGCUCAUCCCGAUUGUCAUUUGUGUGCGGAGCCUUUGGUGGCGCUUCACGUUCUUCUGGCUCCUCUUUUCCGUCAUUACGGGUCUAGUCAUGCGGAAGGCCGUGAAGAAGCCCAUUGCGGGCACGACGCCGCGCUUAGUCUAUAAGUGGUUCUAUUUUAUCUAUAAGUUAAGUUAUGGUCUCGGCAUUAUCGGUUAUGUCAUCAUGAUGCUCACUUUUUUCGGCGUGAAUCUGAUUUUUCGGCAGGAGCCGCAAAAGUGGAUGGAUUUGGCGAUUUUGUUCAUUUUUUAUGGACUUUAUUACGGCGUUUUGGGCAGAGAUUUGUCCGAAAUUUGUGCCGAUAAGAUGGCAGCUCAUGUCGGAUAUUAUACGCCUUCGGGUAUGCCGACGAGACAGCUGGAGGCGGAUGUGUGUGCGGUGUGUGGCAAUAAAUUACUCGUGAGUGAAAAUGAAGAGGGAAUUAUCGAAGCCACGUAUAAGUUGUCGUGCGAACACGUUUUUCACGAAUUUUGUAUCCGCGGAUGGUGCAUCGUCGGCAAGAAACAAACGUGUCCUUAUUGCAAGGAAAAAGUCGAUCUCAAACGCAUGUUUUGCAAUCCAUGGGAACGCCCGCACGUGUUAUACGGACAACUUUUGGAUUGGAUUCGCAUGUUGGUAGCAUGGCAACCUGUAAUAUUGUUCCUCGUUCAAGGAAUCAACUACGUACUCGGCUUGGAAUAGACUAUUUUAGACAAAUUUCCC